AUGGGUGCAUCUUUGUUUCUGGCUGAGAAGAAACUCGUCGAUCAACGUCACAGUCCUCCGAAGCGAAUGUUUUCGGAGACUGUGAGCAGUUCUAGGAGCAUGGACGAGGACGACGUCGUCGUGAUCGACCCUCCGGUUAGUCUGACUCGGAAACCGCGCAAAGGCAAAGAGGCUGUUGUGCAUGAUGUGAUCGAAAUUGACGAUGAUGAAGAUUCUGACACUGCAAUGUUUAUGAAUAAGAAGAGAUUUCGCAGAAGUUAUGAAAAGAAGGCCAUAAAAUACUCUUCCAAUGAUUACCUUGAUCAUCAAGCUAAGCAUAUAUUUACUAAUGCCAGCCCUCUUCAGGGAGCUGUGGCCAAUAAUUUUGUUAGUUCUGGUAAGAGUUCUUCCUCAGCAUCACAUAAGGUUGCCUAUGGUGAUCUUUACUUGGAUGAGGUAAUUGAUGUUGACGAGUAUGCCCAAUUGCAAUCCCAUUUUGAUAAUGUGGAUUUUCCUCCUGGAGUAGAGGCGCCUAUGCCACCUAUCCCUUGGUUUGAUCCACCUAAGAGUACUAAAAGUGCAGUUUCUGAAAGUAGUUCUUUUGAUACAAAGUAUCAGGCUGCUAACAGCUUUGCCUCAGCAUCGCAUAACGUGAUCGACAUUUAUGGUCCCAGUUCUGGUGCAUCUUAUUCCAGUGGUGACUAUGCUGGUCUUUAUUUGGACGAGUUUAUAGAUAUCGAUGAGUAUGCCCAAAUGACAGCUUAUUUAGAUGAAGUGGAUGUUACUCCUGGAAUAGAAGCACAUUUCCCAGUGGGUCUCUCGUUAUCAGAUUUUAGCACGAGGAGUGUAAAACCAGUUUCUGGAAGUAGUUCAAGCUUGAAGAGCCAAAACGAUGAUGUUAGCCACCCUCUUGGGGUAUCAUCAUCUUGGAUACUUCCACAAGUUUCCAGCAGCAAAAUGAUGUCUCAUAUGGGAUUUAGCUAUCUGCAACAACAAGGGAGCGCUUCUAGUCUCUCUUUGGGAGCAGAAUCAUCAAACUUUCAAACACAAACUCAAAAUGAUGUCUCCGUGAAGCAAGUUUCUAGCAUGAGUUCAGAUAAAACUGUGGGGAAGGUAGAUGGUUUCAAACAAUUUGAUACAGUUGUAGAUCAUUCAGAUCAUCAUUAUUCUAAGACAAGUCUUUCAACAAAGCAGAAGAACUGGGCAAAGAAAAUUCAGGGAGAGUGGAAGAUCCUGGAGAAAGACUUGCCUGAUAUGAUAUCUGUAAGAGUUUAUGAGACAAGAAUGGAUCUUCUGAGAGCUGUAAUUGUUGGAGCAGAGGGUACUCCUUACCAUGAUGGUCUCUUUUUCUUUGAUGUUUCCUUCCCCAGUGGUUACCCCAAAGGGCCGCCUCAUGUCUACUACCACGCUCAUGGCCUUCGACUAAACCCAAACCUGUAUGCUUGUGGAAAAGUAUGCCUCAGCCUUCUUAAUACUUGGUCUGGGGGCAAAGAAGAAAAGUGGAUUCCUAGCAAGUCAACGAUGCUUCAGGUUUUGGUCUCAAUACAAGGGCUGAUCUUGAAUUCAGAGCCUUACUUCAAUGAGCCUGGAUGGGCACCUAUGAAGGGUACACCAUCUGGUGUAACACAAUCAAAAAAUUACAAUGAGAACACAUUCAUCCUAUCUCUGAGGACGAUGGUGUACAUGAUGAAGACGCCUCCAAAGCAUUUUGAGGAGUUUGUUAUCGGGCAUUUCUGCAAUCGUACUCAUGACAUUCUAGGUGCAUGUAAAGCAUAUAUGGAUGGAGCUCAAGUGGGGUCUCUAGUCAAAGGGUGUCUCUGCCAAGCUCAUGACUCAUCAAAAUACUGUGAUGAGAGGAUGCCGGCAAUGGUGAACCUUGACCAACUAAGGAGAAGGCUACACUCUUUCAAAAAAAAGAAAAAGAAAAAAGGAGAAGGCUACAGUACUGAUGCUCACGACCGGUACAGAACCGCGACAUUCUGCUGGCAGGGUAGAUCAUGA